AUGGUGGCUCAAAUGAAGAAGCUCCUGGCCGUCGCCACCACCGUCUCGGCAUCCGUUCUUGAACUGCCCGUCGUCAUCGACAACAGCUAUGCCAGCGUCAAAUUCGACAUCGGAACACCCCCGAAGGAACACCGGUUGUUGUUCGACACCGGGUCAUCAACGCUGUUCGUCGUCAACACCGACUGCACCGAGGAAUCAUGCCCUGAUGGCAGGGUCACAUCCUACGUUCGAGAGAAAUACAACUCGUCUGCUUCUUCAACAUCCGUCGACCUCAACAUCCCCGCGGCGAUUCCAUACCUCGGCGGCGACGUUGCCGGCGAUACUAUCCAGGACGUUUUCAGCACUCUAGACGGUAGCGUGGAAUGGAACCAGACCUUCCUAUCCGCCAACCAGAGCAGCUGGCGUUUCAUCACAGCCGAUGGUUUCCUCGGCCUGGGUUUCUCCUCCAUCGCAGAAAAGAACACGUCGACCCUGGUCGAGACAUUGUUGUGGGACGGAAAACUGGACGCACCUCGUUUCAGUCUAUUCUACGGGACGAACUUUGAGGAUGCGGGUAACGGUACGCAAGACGGUGUGCUAACCGUCGGUGGCAGCCAUGAGGACAAGUACGUAGAUGGCGAGGUGGUCUCCACGCCCUUGAGGAAAGAGGAUCCAUACCAGCUCUGGCGUGCGCCACUAAGGAGCAUCAACGUCCUCGUUGCGGAGAACGUAUCGGAAACAAACGCAACCAUUGAGAUACACAACGGCCACCUUCCCACCACUGCCGCGUCGAACGGUGGUGAACCAGACGCCAACGUAACAUGGUCAAUCUACCAAGGUGGAGCCGUUUUCGAUACUGGAUCUGGACGUGUCUCCUUCCCGAGCGACAUCAUCGACGCCAUGUACUUCAACCUCGGCUGGAACUACACCAAGCUCACCAACCACGGCGAGGAGAUCAUGGAGUGUAAGCACCUGAACGCUUCGUGGGCCAUUACUGUGACACUUGGCGAGGGCGCCCGAGAGGACGAUGUCUCAUUCACCCUUCGAGGCGACGAGUUCCUCCUACCGGGUCACCAAUGCAUGCCGCCAUUUGACAGCAGCGAGAGCGAAGGUUUUGCGUUGAUCGGCGCUCCGUUCCUGCGAAGACACUACUCUGUCUUCGACUUUGGUGCUGACAAGGUCGAGGACUAUCAGCCGACCAUUGGUUUCGGAAGGUUGAAGAAGGAGUAUGAUUUCAUGUACUUGUGA